CGGCGCGGAAGAUGGCCGGCGGCGUGGACGGCCCCAUCGGGAUCCCGUUCCCCGACCACAGCAGUGACAUCCUGAGCGGGCUGAACGAGCAGCGGACGCAGGGGCUGCUGUGCGACGUGGUGAUCCUGGUGGAGGGCCGAGAGUUCCCCACGCACCGCUCCGUGCUGGCCGCCUGCAGCCAGUACUUCAAGAAGCUGUUCACGUCGGGCGCUGUGGUGGACCAGCAGAACGUGUACGAGAUCGACUUCGUCAGCGCCGAGGCGCUCACCGCGCUCAUGGACUUCGCCUACACGGCCACGCUCACCGUCAGCACGGCCAACGUGGGCGACAUCCUCAGUGCCGCCCGCCUGCUGGAGAUCCCCGCCGUGAGCCACGUGUGCGCCGACCUCCUGGACCGGCAGAUCCUGGCGGCCGACGCGGGCACCGACGCUGGGCAGCUGGACCUGGUGGAUCAAAUGGAUCAGCGCAACCUCCUCCGCGCCAAGGAGUACCUCGAGUUCUUCCAGAGCAACCCCAUGAACAGCCUGCCCCCCACGGCCACCGCCACCAACUUCCCAUGGUCUGCCUUUGGCACGUCUGAUGAUGACCUGGAUGCCACCAAAGAGGCUGUGGCCGCCGCUGUGGCUGCCGUGGCCGCCGGUGAUUGCAACGGCUUGGAUUUCUACGGGCCGGGCCCCCCAGCCGAGCGUCCCCCGACGGGGGAUGGGGAUGAGGGCGACAGCAACCCAGGUCUCUGGCCAGAGAGGGAUGAGGAUGCCCCCGCCGGGGGUCUCUUCCCGCCCCCGGUGGCCCCACCAGCCACCACCCAGAAUGGCCACUACGGCCGGGGCGGGGAGGAGGAGGUGGCCUCACUGUCGGAAGCAGCCCCCGAGCCAGGUGACUCGCCAGGCUUCCUGUCGGGCGCAGCCGAGGGCGAGGACGGGGACGGGCCUGAAGUGGACGGGCUGGCGGCCAGCACGCUGCUGCAGCAGAUGAUGUCGUCGGUGGGCCGGGCGGGGGCCGCGGCGGCGGGGGACAGCGACGAGGAGUCGCGGGCGGACGACAAGGGCGUCAUGGACUACUAUCUGAAGUACUUCAGCGGCGCCCACGACGGCGACGUCUACCCAGCUUGGUCGCAGAAGGUGGAGAAAAAGAUCCGCGCCAAGGCCUUCCAGAAGUGCCCCAUCUGCGAGAAGGUGAUCCAGGGCGCGGGCAAGCUGCCGCGGCACAUCCGCACCCACACGGGCGAGAAGCCCUACGAGUGCAACAUUUGCAAGGUCCGCUUCACCAGGCAGGACAAGCUCAAGGUGCACAUGCGGAAGCACACGGGCGAGAAGCCAUACCUGUGCCAGCAGUGCGGGGCCGCCUUCGCGCACAACUACGACCUGAAGAACCACAUGCGUGUGCACACGGGCCUGCGCCCCUACCAGUGCGACAGCUGCUGCAAGACCUUCGUCCGCUCCGACCACCUGCACAGACACCUCAAGAAGGACGGCUGCAACGGCGUCCCCUCGCGUCGCGGCCGCAAGCCCCGCGUCCGGGGUGGGGGGCCCGACCCCAGCACGGGGANCCAUCUCCUGGCCGGAAGCCCCCACAGCUGCUGGACCCCUGAGGCCAAGGGCCUGGCUGAGGGCCCUGGAGAGGCAGAGCGGAGGGGCCAGGAGCGCCCCCGGGCUGGGCUGGGGCCUGGAGGGUGGCCCCCAGCCCAGUCCUGUUGGAAGAGCGAGGCUCCCAGGGGAGGGGGCACCAGGCGAGCCUCAUACCCGUUGGAUAAACCCAAGAGCAAGAAGAAGGGAGAGGAACCAGCCCACGUCAAGAGACAAGCGGCCAGAGUCCUUGCUGCCCCUCGGGAAGUGGCCGCCCUCCCUGCCCCGCUGGCCGGAGUGCUGGCGGCCGUGACGGUGGCAACUGUGGACAUCUGUGCUGUUCCGUAG